CGUGCAUGAAACUGCUUUGCCAAAGUUAGAAAAGGGAAGGCUGGAGAGAGUAACGGCGAGAGGUUAUUGGGCAAACCAUGAGCUCGCUGUUUCCUGCCACCGGCCACUAUAACACUCCUCUGUGCCUGCCUUUGAGUUCCUCGUUCUGGACCCAAGGAAACCGCCGCGAGAGGAAACGGACGCAGCUUCGGUGGAGGAGGAGGAGGAGGAGGAGGGACCGAGGAAGGCUGAAGGGGAAGGAGUCCAGAGGGGCCUCGACCAAGGAGCAGCGGCCGGCCGAGGCGCAGGAGGUUGAAUCUGGCACAGGCGUCAGGCGACGGAUACUCCGUGGAGAGGAAAGGAGGAUGUGGGGGGAGACAGACCAGACUGUCUCUGAAUCCAGAGGAGGCCCGGAUGUCCCCAAGGCUGGGAGCAGAAGGGAAUUGGGGGAAGCAGGAAUUCAGGAGAGCCCAGGAGACCAGAACGCCCUCCCUCCAGACGAGCAUGGACAGCAGUUCUGGCACUUCUCCUACCGGGAGGCGGAGGGCCCCCGAGAGGUGUGCAGCCAACUCCACCACCUUGGCUGCCAGUGGCUGGAGCCAGAGAGGCGCAGCAGGAAGGAGAUGCUGGACUUGGUGGUCCUGGAGCGCUUCCUGGCUGUCCUGCCCCCGGAGAUGCAGAGCUGGGUCAGGGAAUGUGGGACAGAGAGCAGCUCACAGGCGGUGGCCCUGGUGGAAGGCUUCCUCUUGAGCCAGGCGCAGGACAGGGAUCAGGACCAGCAGGUGCAGGAGGAGACCACGCAGGGGACUUUCCACAGAGGAGCUUUUCUUGGUGGUGCCCUAAAACCUGCAAUCGAUUCUUUGCCAUCCCUUUCUGGCAGAGAGAAAGCGGCUCCUGUGCAGCCUACUCAGGGCCUGGUGACCUUUGAGGAGGUGCGUGUUCAGUUCUCCGAGGAGGAGUGGGCUCUGCUGGAUCCGGACCAAAGAAGGCUUCACAGGGACGUCAUGGAGGACAAUUGUCAGAAUGUGGCCUCUCUGGAGCAGGAUGGUCUCCAGAGCAAGGCCAUGGGAGAACUACAGCACCGCCUGCACGAUGAAAAGCAGCAGAAAAGAAACACUGAAACCCAACAGAAGAGUGGGAAUGAACGUUCUGUUUUGUGGGUUGCUGAAUCCCAGGUGGUUGAUCCACACCAAAGAGUUAACACAGAGGAGAAACCUCACGAAUGCUUGGAACAUAGAAGGAACUUAGUUUGGAAAGGAAACCUUACUGGCCAUCAACAACUCAGAACAGGGGAAACACAAAAAUGCCUGGAAUGUGGGAAGAGCUUUGCUCAGAGUUCACAACUCACUGUCCUUCAGAAAAUCCACACUGGAGAGAAACCACAUAAAUGCUUGCAGUGCAAAAAGAGUUUUUGUCAGAGUUCACAGCUUAUUAUCCAUCAACGCAUCCACACUGGGGAGAAAUCACAUAAGUGCUUAGAAUGUGGAAAGAGUUUUACAAGGAGUGACCGUCUAGCUACUCAUCAACGUAUCCACACUGGGGAGAAACCAUAUGAGUGCCUAGAAUGUGGAAAGAGUUUUACGAGGAGUGACCAUCUAGCUGUUCAUCAACGUAUCCACACUGAGGAGAAACCUUAUCAGUGCCUGGAAUGUGGAAAGAGCUUUGCUCAGCAUUCACAGCUUACUUGUCAUCAACGAAUUCACACUGGGGAGAAACCAUAUCAGUGCCUGGAAUGUGGAAAGAGCUUUGGUGAGAGUUCAAAGCUUACUAGCCAUCAGCGUAUCCACACUGGGGAGAAACCGUAUAAGUGCCUGGAAUGUGGGAAGAGCUUUGCUUGGAGUUCGGCGCUUACUAGCCAUCAACGUAUCCACACAGGGCAGAAACCAUAUAAGUGCCUGAAAUGUGGAAAGAGCUUUGCUCAUAGUUCAGAGAUUAUUGUCCACCAACGCAUCCACACUGGUGAGAAACCAUAUAAAUGCUUGGAGUGUGGAAAGAGCUUUUCUCAGAAUUCUAGCCUAACAUCUCAUGGAAGAAUUCACACUGGAGAGAAACCAUAUAAAUGCUUGGAGUGUGGGAAGAGCUUUGCUCAGAGUUCACAGCUUACUACCCAUCAAAGUAUCCACACUGGGGAGAAACCAUAUAAGUGCCUGGAAUGUGGAAAGAGCUUUGCUCAUAGUUCAGAGAUUAUUGUCCAUCAACGCAUCCACACUGGGGAGAAACCAUAUAAAUGCUUGGAGUGUGGAAAGAACUUUGCUCAGAGUUCACAGCUUACUAGCCAUCAACGUAUCCACACUGGGGAGAAACCACAUAAGUGCCUGGAAUGUGGAAGGAGCUUUGCUUGCAGUUCGCAGCUUAUUAUCCAUCAACGCAUCCACACUGGGGAGAAACCAUAUAAGUGCCUGGAAUGUGGAAAGAGUUUUACAAGGAGUGACCAUCUGGCUUCUCAUGGACGAAUCCACACCGGGGAGAAACCAUAUAAAUGCCUGGAAUGUGGAAAGAGCUUUGCUCAGAGUUCGGUGCUUACUAGUCAUCAACAUAUCCACACUGCAGAGAAACCAUAUAAAUGUCUUGAAUGUGGGAAAAGCUUUGCCCAGAGUGGUACCCUAGCUUCUCAUGGACGAAUUCACACUGGGGAGAAACCAUAUAAGUGCCUGGAAUGUGGAAAGAGCUUUGCUCAUAGUUCAGCGAUUAUUGUCCACCAACGCAUCCACACUGGGGAGAAAACAUAUAAAUGCUUGGAGUGUGGAAAGAGCUUUCCUGAGAGUUCAAAGCUUACUAUCCAUCAACGCAUCCACACUGGAGAGAAACCAUAUAAGUGCCUAGAAUGUGGAAAGAGCUUUGCUCAGCAUUCACAGCUUACUCGUCAUCAACAUAUCCACACUGCAGAGAAACCAUAUAAGUGCCUGGAAUGUGGAAAGAGCUUUGCUCAGAGUUCACAGGUUAUUGUCCAUCAAUGCAUCCACACUGGGGAGAAACCACAUAAGUGCCUGGAAUGUGGAAAGAGCUUUGCUUAUAGUUCAGAGGUUAUUGUUCAUCAACGCAUCCACACUGGGGAGAAACCAUAUAAAUGCUUGGAGUGUGGAAAGAGCUUUUUUCAGACUUCAAAGCUUACUACCCAUCAACGCAUCCACACUGGGGAGAAACCAUAUAAGUGCCUAGAAUGUGGAAAAGCCAUUGCUCACAAUAUAAACCUUACUGCCCAUCAACGCAUCCACACUGGGGAGAAACCAUAUAAAUGCUUGGAGUGUGGAAAGAGUUUUCCUCAGAGUUCAAAGCUUACUAGCCAUCAACGUAUCCAAACUGGGGAGAAACCAUAUUUUUUUUAAUAAUUUUUUUAUUUGUUUCAUAUAUUUUAAAAAAAGAAAUACAUUUUUUAAAUUCCACAUUGUUGUAUAUUCCAUUUUACAUUUACUUUCCUAAUUAUUCCUUCAUAUAUAAGAUAUCAUACGGAAAACAUAUACAAAAUACAUCCGGUGUCACAAAUACUAAGAUAUAAGAAAAGAAAGAAGGAGAAAAAAGGAAAAAAAAUGAAGUGAAAGUAAUUAACUGGAUACUAACCUGUAAAUAAGAACAAAAGAACAUAAGAACAAGCCAUAUAGAAGAGUAAAAGUACAUAAGGG